UUUUCCUCUCAGUAAAGGACACAAAAGGGGCUGGUACCUAAAAUCAUUGCAUUUUACUCGUGAUGUGUGUUGGUGUCGGUGGCUGCUCAACCUUCCUGCGGGGCUGCUGGGCGAGACCCGGGAGUCCCGGUGUCCCCAGGGCUCCCUGGAGGCGGGCGUCGAGGGAGAUGCCUGGCCCGUUCUCUGCGGCAGCCCCAGGGCGCUGUCCCUACCCGGUGGGGCGCGGGUCAGAGGAGGGGGGUGCGCCCUGGGCUCCGCCCGAGGCCCCGGAGGGUUCCGGGGUCGGGGCGGAGAGGAGCCUGGCUCCCUCUGCCUCUGGGUUCUGUGCCUCACGUGAUGGGAAGUUUGGCCCUGAGGAUGUUUUGACAUGAACACAGAAGCAUUUUAAUUAAAAUUAUAUUAACAUCAAUGUGUUUGUUGAAGACUUUUCCAGAACAAGCCUGAUGAACCAUUUUCUUUCCCUGGUAAAGUUUUUAUGCAGCCCAGUUAAACUGCUAACUAGCUGUAGCUUUUCCAGUUUGUUACAUUAUCAUGGGAAGGUGCAGCCCGGCCCACCCCACAGGGGCCCCCACAAGGGCCCCCGCAGGGCUGUGUGGAGGACAGGCUGGGCCAGAGUCCCAGUUUCAGGGCUGAGCCCCUGAAGGUCACAGGCACGCCCUUCAGCCCAAAGCCAGGUGCCAGGCCACCUGCGGCCCAAACAGCAGUCCCGUCCCCCGGGGCCGGUGGGCUGACUUCACUGCCCAGGUGUCUGCUGCAGGAGGCCCCUCACCUCUCCAGACAGCUUGCUGUCCCCAGCAGGCGAUGCUGUGCAGCCCAAAAUAAGUCCCCACCCUCCCCUGCCAUUUCAAAGGGUCUCUCCGGACCCUGUGGCCGCCCAGGGCUGCACGGAAUGGGGAGGGGCCCUGUGGUCCCUUCAUUAUACUCAGGGAGCGUCUUAAUCCUGGGGACUACCUCCGAGUCACAUGACCUGGUGAACAAGGACAAGCCUCAUGUUCCGUGAACUGGGACUUCUUGCUUCACGUCCUUGGGGGAAGCUGAUGGUUUCAGACACUGGCCAGUGAGCCCCAGUUUCGCUCCGGCUGCGGCCUGGAGGUGGGUCUUUCCUCUGGGUCCUGGCGCGUGCCCGGGUGUCGUCUGGCCAGACUGUCCUUCCAGCUCAACCACAGCGCCACCUUCAGGGAAGCCUUCCUGCGUAACCCGACCCCUGCUCUUGAGGCCCGCUGCGGUAACCCCAACGUUAAUGAAGUCCACCCUUAAUUAACCCAGGCUUGCACAUUCAGGUAAAAUCGACGAGUGGGAGGUGGUAGGGAACGGUGGGGACUGUGGCGCGCACAUGACCACCUAGACGGGCGGUUCCGAUUGGGACCACUGUUUUCAGAGCUUUCAUAUUUUCAAAAGGAGCCAGAAAUCUAGGUUUUUUCGGUUAAAAUACCCCAACAUUUAAACAUAAGUUAAUAGUUUUAGAAACGAUGUAAGCCAAACAGUGCACACCCACGGCUCCCCACAUGUGGCCUGCGGUUUAAUAUCUUUCUCACUGGGCUGUGCUCCACAGGGGCACACGCCAUGCACUCAGCACCACGUCCCUCGUCCGGGUUCAGCAGACUCGAGACCAGCGCAGGCCUCGGCCCACGGCCCCGGGGUCAGGAAGCCUUGUGAGGAGACGGCACCCGUUGUCCCAGCCUCUCUUUUAUUGCCUCUGCCAAUGUCCCCUCCUCCCAGGCCCCUGUGGGCCUGUCACCCUCCGCCCGCCCCCAUCACAGUGGCCUCUGUGACAUCACGCGGGGCCCAGCCCCAGGCACCCGGUCUCCCGGUGCCAGGGCGGACAGACCCACCAUGAGCAGCCUCCUUCCCCACCUCUGCUCGCCAUGCGGACGCUGACAUGGUUCUUGUUCUUGCCUCUGUGCCUGUCCUGCGGCUGUGCCUUUAUGUUUUCUUCCGUGAGGGGGAACAUCAAAGAGCCCCAGGGCCAGGCGCCCUGCGGGGGGCACUUCCGGACCAGGCAGGGGCUCCCGGAGCACGCCCCGGGCUGGCUCACCAGCAAGUGGCCCUGGCUCCUGUUCGUGGGGGCGCUGUACGCGGUUCUCAAGUUUCGGGGAGGACACGGUGAGAAGAGUAAGGAAAAGAAUCCUCCAGGCCUUCGAGGCUGUUUGGGGCGAGCUCCACUAAAGAAAAACCAGAGCGCCUCCCCCAGCAAAGACUUCACGAUCACCACCUUACACCAGCUCGAAAUGGAACUCGUGAGAUUCCUGUCCAGAAUACGGCACCUGAAGGACGCGGCGGCCAACGGCAAUAACCUCAAGCUCCCGAUCUUCGAGGUGCCUUCCGACCCGCAAAAUAAAGUUACGAUAUAUGAGAUAUGGGGCGAAGAGGAAUGCGAAUGAAAGGAUUUGUGUAUCGAAGUAGGACAGAAAAAGUUGAGUGUUGACAAAUGAUAUGCAAACCAAUAAACCUAUUCUGAAGAAAAAUCUCAAAUUUGAGAUUUUUUCCCCCUGUUGUUAACCUUGAAAAAAUAAAUGUGA